AUGGUGACGCCGACGAUACGACUGCUUCAGGACGCCGGAUACGUUGAUGUUAGCGGAAAAAUUGUGCCCUACCUCAUCAAUGAAAAGGAACAGAAGUUCAACUCUUACCUCUCCAGUGCUAUUUACGGCUUCUUCUGUGUGUCGUGUUUCUCGCUGAACGCUGCCGCACUUUUUAAACACUCUCAGCAACGGAAUCACAAGACUUUUGAUCAACAAUUCGCAAUGGCUCGUCGACUCCAGCUGAAUCUUUUAGUAUACUCAUCUGCGUUCACACUCGCCAUUAUAUCUAUGACCGUAUUCCAG